UUUUUAGGGUGAAAUGGACGGUCUAGAUAACAUAUUACAAUUUACAUUACUUUUAGGGCUUGAAAUCCUAUGUUUGUCACAACCAAAAUGAUCAAGGCCAAGAUGAUUGAUUUGAUGGUUUUCUGUUGCAAAAAUUGCAAUUUUUAGUACGUUUUAAGGUACGUUUACUUAUUUUGUUAGGGCUGCAGCCCUAUCAAAACAAUUUCCUUGCAUAAAUCAUAUAUUUUGUUGAUUCAGUUAAGUUUUCCUCUCAAUUUUUCUACUUUUCUUUACAAUUUUAACAGAUAGAAUUUUCCCUAGCAUACCCAAGGGAAUACCUUCUUUCAAGAUUGGAGUCGAGAAGCAUUGUUGAGCAAUUGUGGCCUGGUGAUGAGAGCAAUUACAAGUACUUGGAGUUAGCAAGACUCGACUUGAAUUCUCUACAGAUGCUCUAUGCGGAAGAGAUCCAAGAAGUAGUUAGUUGGUGGGAAGACGCGGGCUUUACGAAGAUUGAAUUUGCAAGACAAGGGGUUGUAAAGAGUUAUUUCACUGUAGCAGCUGGCAUAUAUGAACCAGAAUACAAAAAAUUCCGGGUCGAGUACACGAAAUUUGGGAUGAUGGCUGCUCUUAUGGACGACAUCUAUGACCUCAAAAGCAACUGCCCUGAAGAUUUGAGGCUCUUAACUAAGGCAAUCCAUAGAUGGGAUCGUUCAAUUCUCAGCGGUCUACCAAAACAUAUGGGUGUUUUCUUCAACGGCAUCAAUGCAGCAAUUACUAAUGUCGCUGAAGAAUCACGCACAGUACAAGGGCGCAAUGUCAUUCACUUAAUAAGAGGACCGUGGGAGGAAUUGGCGUCACUGCAUGGAAAGGAAGCAGAAUGGAGGCAUUCAGGGUGCAUACCCUCCUUGGAGGAGUAUCAAAUGGUGGCUAACCUUAGCGUUUCUACCAGCGUCACUGCCUUGAGUCCGAUAUUCAUCAUAGGAGAAGUCAUUUCCGACGAGAUGCUACGGUUGGUGGGUCAAUGCUCAAGAUUUCUCUAUCACAUUGGACUCAUUAGCCGACUUAGCAAUGACAUUGUCACCUCAGAGAGGGAAGAGCGUUUAGGCAUGAUGGCAUCAAGCAUUGGAUGCUUCAUGAAAGAUUACCCCGGGAGCACCAAGGCCGAAGCCAUGGCUCAUUUGCAGGGUUUGAUCGAAUCCAGCAAUCGAGAAUUGGAGUGGCAACUGUUUGAGUUGAAAGGAGUUGUGCCUGACUCGGUUCUUCGUGCACUUAUAAACUUUGGAAGAACCAUGGCUCUCAUUUACAAGAACUCGGAUGGCUUUAGCAGCAUGUCCGAUCCAGGAUUGGAGCAGCUACUGAUGGAUUUUCUCUAUAAGCCACUUGCUUAAUAUGGCUAUAUUGUGUGGUGUAUUAGUUCAUAAAUGGUGCUUUAAUGAUGUAGAAUCUGAUUACAUAAAUGGUAAAUAAAUCUUAGAAUUAUGCAU